AUGGCGAUGCUGCUGAACCACACACUGCGCCCAAGGUUGGGGCGAUACUCUGAGAGCAAGCUUCUGAAGCACAAGGGGUCCAUGGUGCCCAGCUAUGCUGUCCUCCUGGAAACAGUGUGGACAGCUUUAGCAGCAACAAUGUCUCACUGGGAUGUCGGUGACAUGGACCAGAGGGAAGGGAAGCAGCUGGUACCCAGUAUGACUGUAGCUGCAGAAAUGCCCAAAUUGUUAACCAGUCUAGGUCAUAUGAACUGGGCCAUCUCAAAGGCCAGGUGUGGAGUGUUAACAGUACAGCAUGAAGACCUCACAAUGUCAGUGUGUUUGGCCGCUCAAAUCUUUUUUAGGGGCUUAUGCAGACUGAGCCUCCCAGGCAUCCCUACAUCAGUACUUUUAACUUCUUCAGUGAGCUCCCUCCCUCAGCCUAGUCAUGAAACAAUAACCAAAGCUGCCCCAGGUAACAGAUACUCUCGCGGAAGUCCAGGAGGAGCACCGUGGAGGACGCUGCCCCCCUCAGCCUUCAGAGUUCAGUCCAGACCCCACCAAUUCCACAGUCAUGUCACCUGCUUGUGUGUCCACCUGGGUGUGUCAAUCUGCAGUGCCCACAGGGACGCGUGUAACUCAAAAUGUUUUCCUGCCAUGAUGGAGAAGAUGAGGCAUUAUCAAGACUAACACUACAAUUUAACGCUUCAGAGGAGCAGUGUAUAUCAUUACGCCCUCUGUAGCCAAGCACACUAAUUAAUAUUUAUUGCACCUGUCAAGCCGGUAGCCACGACCAAUCCAUUCCUGUGGCAGUUCAAUGGGAGACUGGACACCAUAUUUCUCCUUGGCAGACACGUUUGGGUCAUCAGCAAAGACAGAAGCCCCUUUCCCCAGUGAGACAUCGUAAACGUUCUCUUUUCUCUUGCAAAA